AUGUUUGGAGGACAUAAAAUUAAGCUUGCAACUCUAGCAACUGUACAAUACUACGUGGGAAUGGGCAACAACGAUACCUUUUUGGUCAGAAAUGAAGAAAAAGCUAGGAAGAUGCUUGGUGAAGAUGUUGAUUUGAUUGUUGGAGAUAUUACCAAAGCAAGCACAUUGCUACCUGAGUACUUCAAAGGAGUAAAGUCGGUGAUUAAUGCUGUUUCAGUUAUUGUUGGCCCAAAAGAAGGUGAUACUCCAGACAGGGCCAAAUAUAGCCAGGGAAUCAAGUUCUUCGAACCAGAGAUUAAAGGUGAUUCCCCGGAAAUGGUUGAGUUCAUUGGCAUGAAAAAUCUGAUCAGUGCAGUUAAGGAGUCAGUUGGACUUCGUUGUGGAAAACUAGUAUUUGGAUUUGAAGAUAAUGUAUCCAGAGAGCUUCCUUGGGGUGCAUUGGAUGAUGUUGUCAUGGGAGGGGUAAGUGCCAGCGGAUUUGAGAUAGAUCCUUCUGGUGGUGAGAAUGGUAGACCAGCUGGAAUUUUCCGGGGAUUCGUUUCUACUGCAAACAACGGAGGUUUUGCCAGUAUCCGCACAAAGAAUUUCUCCAUACCAGAAGAUCUCUCUGCAUAUGAUGGUCUUGAGUUGCGCAUCAAAGGUGAUGGCCGUAGAUAUAAAUUCAUGCUACGAACCAGUCGUGAUUGGGACACUGUUGCAUAUACAACUGGCUUUGACUCUGUUAAGGAUCAAUGGCAAUCGGUUCGCUUGCCUUUCUCUUCUUUGAGACCUAUAUUUCGAGCACGAACUGUGUCUGAUGCCCAACCCUUUAAUCCUAGUGAAAUCAUAUCAUUUCAGCUGAUGUUCAGCAAGUUUGAGUAUGAUGGGAAGUUGAACCCAACUUUUGUUGAAGGUCCAUUCCAGCUUCCAAUAUCAACCAUAAGAGCUUACAUGAAAGAGCCAAUUACUCCCAGGUUUGUGCAUGUGAGCUCGGCUGGAGUCACUAGACCCGAUAGGCCAGGACUUGAUUUAACCAAACAGCCUCCAGCCGUCCGCAUGAACAAGGAGUUGGGCUUUAUUCUCACAUACAAAUUGAAGGGGGAAGAUCUAAUCAGGGAAAGUGGCAUUCCAUAUACAAUUAUCAGACCCUGUGCAUUAACCGAGGAACCUGCCGGAGCUGAUCUCAUCUUUGCUCAAGGAGAUGAUAUAACAGGGAAGAUUUCCAGGGAGGAAGUUGCAAAGGUAUGUAUUGCUGCACUGGAAAGCCCUUAUGCAUGUGACAAGACAUUUGAGAGCGUGAUUCCGUUCAGCGAACCUUACACUGUGGAUCCAGAAAAUCCUCCUCCUGAAAAGGACUACAAUGUGUACUUCAAAACACUGAAAGAUGGCAUAACAGGGAAACAAAGCUUAGAGCAAACACCUGUUUCCGUCUAAAUCUAAACUCGUCUGCAGAAAAUCUUUGUUGAGUGGUGAUCUCAUAUCAUACAUGUUCAUGAAAGGGCUGAGUUAGCUGCCUGUGUAAUUGGCUUGCUUGAGAUACUUGUAAUUGUAAAGCUUACAGUUGCUAAAGCAGAAAGAAAAAGUACAGGUAAAUGAUUGUGAUUUCUGAUUA